GCGUCCUCUAGAGUCCGACGCCGGCGCAUGUCUCAGCCAGGACUUGUCCUAGUGGCCAUUCAUGGCGGCGCCGGGUAUCACUCAGAAGAGUCGGACACUGAAGUCAGAAAAGCUAUGAAAAUAGCUUGCAAGUAUGCACUGGCUCGUCUGCAUAAUGCCUGUAAAGCUAUAGAUGCAAUCGAGGACUCAAUAGUGGUUCUUGAGGAUGACCAAUCUCUCAACGCUGGCUUCGGUUCGAAUUUGACCGUAGACGGUACCGUCGAAUGCGACGCAUCCAUAUCGGACGGCCGGACUGGUGACUUCGGCAGCGUCGGCGCUGUCGCAGGCAUAAACAACCCUAUACGCGCCGCACGUGCCGUCCUCGACCAUUCAAGAGAAUCUGAUUCGCUAGGGAGGAUACGACCAACGAUGCUCGUCUCGAGCGGCGCCCGCGCUUUCGCCGAGGAAAGAGGUGUGCCAUGCGUCUCUCCGGACUCUCUAGUUUGUGAACGCGCCAGAGCGGAAUGGACAAUGUGGAAAGCAUGUCUCGACUCAGUCUCCGGCGGAAUCCAUGCCGCAGAUGACACCGUGGCGGACAAGGGCGAUCUGCAUCGACUCCAAGAUACCGUAGGAGCAGUUGCAUGGGACUGCCACGCUGACCUUGCAGCGGGAGUAUCAAGCGGUGGCCUUCUGCUUAAAUGCCCUGGCCGCGUCGGCGAGGCAGCAGUUUACGGAGCCGGCUGCUGGGCACAGCAGAGUGCAGAAACUUCCACCGGAGUGGGUAUAGCAUGCAGCGUCUCAGGCUCAGGCGAAUUCAUUAUUCGUGAGAUGCUUGCGAGACGAAUAUGUGAAGCUAUCAUCGAGUCGCCAGACAACGACGUACAUGAGAUUCUUCACUAUUGGCUGUCAGGAUUCCAGAGUGGGUACAGCAAAUAUUGUCCUCCGACAGUUGUCAAUCAACGGACUACAGAGCGUUGUCGAGCGCGGGGGGAGUCCGACCCAAUUGCGGGAGUCCUCCUGCUCGUCAAAGAAGUCGACGAUGGCGGUGAAACUCGCCGUGAGUAUUCUCUCGAGCACACUCAACAUGACGACCCAUGA